AUGUCGAUUACCGAAAUGAACCCAGAUCCCACUUCAGAACAAAAGGAUCGUCUAAUUGCCGCUGUGAAGAAGGAAGUCAAGCAGUUAAUGGAAGAGGCCGUAACACGCAAAUUCGUUCACGAAGAAAGCGGUGGUGUGACAGCGUUAUGUGGGGCUGUAGAAGCUUGCUUGGGACAGGGGCUACGGCGUAGAGCGCUCGGCCUCUUCAAGACAAGCUCCACUACCGCCCUCUUGCACAAGAUUGCUAAGCACUGUCCAGAGGCCGCGUUGGUAUCCGCGAGAGUGCUAUCAGCAGAAGGGGCUCCGGCCACUCGUUCAGCCUCUGGUGUAGAACGUAGACCUUCGGCUCCAAGACCGCCGCUAAAUAAACGUGGCUCUGGUUCCCUACUUGCGUCACAGCCGCCCCCAACUUCAAGAUAUCUCUGGAUACGCAUAGCAUUGUUCGAACGUCAACUGGCCAAAAUCAUUGAGCACCUAGUGAAUAAUGCUACUAGAUACUAUGAGAGAGAUGCAUUAGUAGCAGAUCCAGAUUAUGGCAGCAUUUUGAGCUCACUUCUAGUUGGUCCUUGCGCCCUGGAAUAUUCUAAAGCUAAAGCGCCCGCUUGUUUCUGGACGGACCCACCCGCUGACGAACUAGUUCAGAGACACCGAAUGUCAGCCGGGACUACAACGCCGCCCUCUGUUAGAAGGCCAAUUUUGAAUUUCAGGAGAAGUUUGAACGCUUCGUCAGAUGACAACGCUACAGUUAAUGCUGGUUCUGUUAACGCAGCAGGAUCGACAGCCAAAGAUUACGUGGAGAGCUUACACCAGAACUCCCGAGCCACUUUGCUAUAUGGAAAGAAUAAUGUGAAGGUUCAACCGAAAGACGUAGAGGAACCUAUGCCAGGAUAUUUAAGUCUUCAUCAAACUGCUGCGGGUCUCGUUAUAAAAUGGACGCCUAAUCAACUUAUGAAUGGUUAUGCAGAAAGUGAAGGCAUAGAUAAAAGCAUCUACUGGGCGAUGUCUCUGCAAGUUUGCGUCUGGGAGGUGGUCUAUGUCCACGUGCAUCGCUCACAAGUCAGUGAUGCACUAAUAUUGGUUGGACAGGAUGGCGUUCAACGACCACCCAUACAUUUUCCCAAAGGAGGCCAUCUUUUAUCAUUUCUGAGUAAUUUGGAGACGGGUCUUCUUCCACAUGGUCAAUUGGACCCACCGCUUUGGUCACAGCGAGGAACGGGAAAAGUUUUCGGUAAGAACAAAGUGAGAAGACGACCAAUGCCCAGCCUUUGUGAAAGCGGUGAGGCAGAAGAGCCCGAGUUCGACGAAGUGGCUGGUGACUACGUCUUUCGUAUCGUCAAUAACGCUAUUGCAGACAGAGAAGCGAUGCGUCAUUCUCUUCUGGAAAGGGUAAUACAGUCACCACCAAGGACACCCCGAAGAACCCUUGCCUCCACAUCCACUACAUCAUCAGACUCCAGCACCAUGUCUGUCGAUUGUCCGCCGAUUAUCGGCAAUCUAAACCCGCCGCCGACAAUACAUCAAGCCGUAGAGCAGGCAGCUUCAAUUGAAUUGGUUUGCAGUACGAUGCGGCGCCAAAUAAUAUCCCGGGCGUUUUAUGGUUGGCUCGCUUACUGCCGUCAUCUUUCUACGGUUCGAACUCAUUUGAGUGGGCUCGUGAAUCCAAAUAUUAUACCUAGAGAAGAUGCUGAAAGAGGACUUACAGAAGAGAUGUGGCGUUCAAUGAUGGACGAGACAGGAGCGAUCGCUGAUAAAGAUGAAGUUUACAGACUGGUGUACUAUGGAGGAAUACAGCAUGACAUAAGGAAGGAAGUGUGGCCGUUUUUACUUGGAUAUUAUGAAUUCAACACGACAUUCCAAGAGAGACAGGAGCAGGACUGUUCGUAUCGUCGCCAAUAUGAAACUACGAUGUCUGAAUGGCUGUGCGUUGAAGCUAUUGUGAGGCAGAAAGACAGAGAGGCCACCGCAGCUUCAAUUGCUCGGUUGUCAGAGUCAUCUGGAAAACCUAAGCCGGAAAUUGAACCUUGUGAAGUAUUUGAAGAUGACUGCAGCGUAAUAUCAGAUAACCCACCAGUCGUAUCACCAGAGCCCAGUGAGAACGAACAAAAGAAAGAGGUAAAACCGAUACUAUCGCGAGCUCCCAGUAUAGAUGAAAUUGAUAAUUUAGAAUUAGACGAAGAAAGAAAAGAAAAUGGUGUUAAAGUUAACGGAGAGACUGACACGUGUGAAGAUAUAUCUUAUGACCAAGACGAUGAUGAUGACGAAGUUUGUAUCAAGAGUGUUGUGGAAAAUCCGGAUUUAAGGAGAGAAAGUAUUGCUGAAAUAAAGCGAUUAGCUGAAGGUAUUGUGCAGAAGGGAGAUGGAAGAGGCUUGCUGUGCAGUGUUGAUAGCGCAAAUGCCAAUCUUAAUGGGAACGAUAAUAAAUCUAUUGAAGAAAUUCAGCCACCGCAACCCAGUCAAAAUCAUUCACAUAGUGUUAUUGUGACGAAUCCGUCUGUCGAUUUAGCUGUUACUGGUGGUUCGCCAGCUUCUGGAGGCACUACAGCACCAGCAAGUCCAGCGAGAAGUCCAUUGGGCGUGCUGCGUGAAGAAUCUCAUUCCGCUGGAGCAUCCUUUGAUACCCUAGACCCAGAAUCGAGACCAGAUAAUCGAUCUAAUUGUGUUUCACCCGCUAGUUCUAAUGGUGGCGUCUAUUCGAAUGAACUUGUAGAGAGCUUCGCGCUGAAUCUUCAUCGUAUCGAAAAGGAUGUUCAGAGAUGUGACAGAAAUUAUCCUUUCUUUACGGAUGAGAAUCUCGAUAAAUUGCGAAAUAUUAUGUGCACAUAUGUAUGGGAACACUUAGAAAUCGGCUACAUGCAAGGUAUGUGUGACCUUGCCGCACCUCUCCUUGUGAUAAUGAAAGACGAGGCCGUAGCUCACGCACUGUUUGCGCGGCUAAUGUACCGAGCUAAAGACAAUUUCCCAUCAGGACAAGCAAUGGAUGCUCAUUUUGCCGAUAUGAGAUCAUUGAUACAAAUUCUGGACUGCGAGCUGUACGAGCUGAUGCAUGCGCACGGAGAUUACACGCACUUCUACUUCUGUUACCGUUGGUUCCUUCUCGACUUCAAACGGGAACUGCUGUACCAAGAUGUUUUUUCAGCAUGGGAAUUCAUCUGGGUGGCGCGCUAUGUCGCGUCGGAGCACAUGGUUCUUUUUAUAGCCCUGGCUCUACUCGAGACAUAUCGGGAUGUUAUUCUGGCCAAUUCCAUGGAUUUCACGGAUAUCAUAAAGUUCUUCAACGAAAUGGCAGAGCGCCACGAUGCAUCAGCAGUCUUAUCGUUAGCACGAGACUUAGUACUGCAAGUUCAAACGCUUAUAGAAAAUAAAUAG